UCCAUUCGCCCCCCCAAAGCUGAAAAUCGCUGAUCCGCCAAAAAAUUCCAUUAAAAAAACAACUCCAAGAAAGGCCCCAAAAACCUACCCCGAAGAAGAAGAAACCAAAGGCCGCUUUCUCUCCUGUUGCUUCCCUGUCGUCCUUAGCUGUAAGGAAAUCGGAUACUCCACCAUUGUUCCAGGAUCCGACAAUUCUGGCUGCGCCCUUUACAGUUAACUUUCGUCAUCUGCCGCGCGCUCCUCUUCAAUUCGAUUUUUCAAGAAUCUCAACUCCGGACCAGAGGCUCGAUUGCUUCAGGGGAAAUGGGGAAGGGAGCGAAGCAGUGCAGAGUGAAGAAGGUGCUGCAGUUCCCGGCGAGGUUGCUGGUGAAGGCCAGGGACUUUUACGUCAACGGGAUGUCACAAUUGUCCGACCAGAUGCGGUGCGGCGCCGUUUCAAACAUGGGCUGCCCGGCCCACAUGGGCACCGCCGCGCUCCCCAGGAGUUUCAGCGCCGGCAGUGGGUCGACGAAUUCGGGAUCCGAUUACAGCGAGCUGAUCAGGGCGACUUCCGUCAGGGAUAAUUUGGUCGGCGGGAGCAGGAGUAUGGUUUCUCGGGAAUUGCAGGGUGCGGCCGCUGUGAAGGCUUCUUCGGGAGUGGUCAACGUUAAUAGUGGAGGAGCAGGGAAGGUGUCGAGAAGCUAUAGCGUCGGGCUUGGAAGGAUAGAGGAGGAAGAGAAGUGCGACGGUUUGGGGGAAGAUGAUUUUACUUUCAGUCCUGUCGCUUUCCACAGAAGCAAAAGCUGCGCUGUUUCUGCCGCCGGUGGGGUCUUGGCAGGACGACGACGGGUAGGUUUCAGAAGACGGUGGCAGCAGGAUCUGUAGCUUAGCUGGGUAGGUUUGUUUAUCCCUGCCUCUUGGCUGUGGAAAUUCUUAAUCAUGAAUUUCUGAUACAACAGGGAAAAGACAGUCUUUAUUCAUAUAUCUUGCCUCCUGUGAUUGUAAAAAAACUCUGGUGUGUUUGUUUUGUUAUCAAUUUUUCAGAGAGUUCUCUGUACCUUUGUUUGUUUGACUGUGGGUUUUACUUUUGCUGGAUUAAUGGUGGGUAAGGGUUGUUUCCCAGACUCCGACAGAUGGGAUUCCUGUGAGGAUAUUAUACUUGAAGAAACUCAAAGUUGGAUCAAUAUCAAGGAGUUUUUCUAGUGCUAACGUGGGACGAGAAUAUUCAUCAUGCUAUAAUUUGGACAUUAGGAUCAAUGUCCAACCCGAUAAAAAGUUGGAUCAAUU